UGCGGUGAAAUAUUGAAUCAGUCUUGUUCGGUACGUCUUUUCUGUCGCAUCUUGUGGCCAGUAGUAGUGUAUGCGCGAAGAAAUUCGUGACACAGACGGUGUUUUUUCCUUCUUCUACUGGUGUAGUGUUAUGUUUUCUUUUAUAAAUGAGAAGGGAAGUGUAUCGAAGGAGUACAAAUCUGUAUUUCUGCGGGAUUAAUUGUGAUGGAUGGUUUUCCGGCGGAAGAAAUUAGACUAGCAAUGAUGAAGAGGUUGAUAGUGAAUCAAAAGCAGUGGAAGUGCGUCUCUAUCCUCCAGUGACGUGUAAAGAUCGUUCCGGAAAUUGUAGUGUGUUGGAAUGAGAAAACUUGUAGAAGCUCAGUGAUUAGGUGCUGGGCUAGGCCCUGGAAGAUUUCGGUAAAGUUCAAUUCCACGUCCAGUGAAAUGAUUAUGCCCGGGGAUUGUAAAUCCCAGUGAAAAAAGCAAAAACGCCACUCCAAAUUAUGAAAAAGAAGUGGUGGAUCCCCAGUUCCAGUGCAAAAUGUUGAGAGUAAAUAAAUAUAAGUCAAAAUAUGACGUGAUGCGUAGUGCAGUGAUUCUACAGCUGGUCAGAGCGGACGUGUUUUCUGCAGCACUGCCUGUCGUGGAGUGGUGAUGGCUUGCAACUGCGAGCGGAAAUCAUGGAUGAAUGUUAUUCCAACACAUUUGAUUGCUGAGAUGUUUACCUGCAGUAGCGGAUUCCGGGCGAGCGGAAUGUAAACAAAGCCAAAAAUAAGUAAUACCUCCCAUAAAGGCGACAGCCGCAGCAGUCAGUAGAAGGAGUUUGAAUGACCGUAGAAUGAGGGGAUGAUUAAAAAUCGAUACUGGUGUGUUGUAUACUAAACAAAAAUACUACGGUCAGUGCGCGGCGUUUUUUUCGGGGGAUGAGCUGAAUUAUUCAUGUGUAAAGUAGAAUUGUUUGAAAUUGGUGCAGUUUUUGUCGUCAGGCAGCAAUAACCGGGAAACAUGUUAUCUAGUGUCAAUACGUAUACCGAGAGGCGGAUAAUCUCUACGUGAUAUCUGUGCACAUAGCUGUUGGUAAAGUUGCUUAAUUAUGAAAUAGGAAUAAAUGUUUGUGUUUCAUUUAUCGAGAAAUAUCUGCGAAAGUGUCGGUGAAAUUAGUGAAAUGUAUAAAAAGCCCGCUGCAACACGAUUCGCAUUUGUUGGCCUGUAAUUACGCAUCGGAAUCUCCGGAAAAUGCUCGAAUUGCCUGUCCCGGUGCAACGAUACUCAGAAUUAAAUAAUUCAAUGUAUAACAAUUAAUCUCCGGAGCUGCAGCUGUGCCCGUAAAUAUUUAAGUACCCACACUCAGAAAAGCUCCCGCCAAUCCCUUUAUCCAAAAUGCAAGCGAAAAAGCGCUACAUACUCGUGAUAAUUUGCUGUGCAUUUCUUGCAUAUUGCUACUUUGGUGGAUAUCGGCUCAAAUGGCUCCAGAAACUGUUUGCCAUAAGCGUUCGUAAGAACCCAUCUAAGCUCCCACCAUAUCAACAGCUGUACUAUCAAUUCCCCGACUCUCCAGAAGCGCCCGUCCAAAACUCACAUUCCAUUCCAGACGAUGAGCUGUACGCUCAUCCUUCCUAUGAAUCUAAAUACAUCGGUGACUCACUUCCAACUCCCAUCCGCACUUGUCGCAUGGAAACAUGUUUCGACUUCACCAAAUGUACCGACCAGAACUUCCUGGUCUACGUUUAUCCACCGGAACCGCUCAAUUCCCUUGGUGCUCCUCCUCCCAUCAGUCCAAACUAUCAGAAAAUCAUCUCAGCCAUCCAGGAGAGUCGGUAUUACACCGCCGACCCGGAAAAGGCAUGUCUGUUCGUGCUGGGCAUCGAUACGCUGGAUCGAGACUCGCUAAGCGAAGACUACGUACGCAAUGUUCCAUCUCGGCUGCAACGGCUGCCACACUGGAAUGGUGGCCGUAACCAUAUCAUAUUCAACCUUUACUCCGGCACAUGGCCGGACUACAACGAGAACGGGCUCGGAUUCGACACGGGGCAGGCAAUCCUGGCGAAGGCCAGCAUGAGCGUGCAGUCACUGCGGCCAAACUUCGACGUGAGCAUUCCGCUGUUCCACAAGCAGUUUCCGCUGCGUGGCGGCAACACCGGUUUCGUCGCUAGUAACAACUUCCCAGCAAACAAAAAGUAUCUGCUGGCGUUCAAGGGAAAAAGAUACGUCCACGGAAUUGGUUCCGAGACGAGAAAUUCCUUGUUCCAUCUGCAUAAUGCCCGGGAUCUGGUGCUGGUGACGACCUGUCGGCACGGGAAAAGCUGGCGGGACCUUCAGGACGCUCGCUGCGACGAAGACAACCGAGAGUACGACAGAUACGACUACGAAACUUUAUUACAAAAUUCAACAUUCUGCCUUGUGCCGAGAGGACGUCGUCUAGGAUCGUUUAGGUUCCUCGAGGCACUGCAGGCGGGCUGUAUACCGGUGCUACUGUCCAACUCGUGGGUGUUACCGUUUCAGUCGAAAAUAGACUGGCAACAGGCAGCAAUAUGGGCCGAUGAAAGACUGUUAUUGCAGGUGCCGGACAUUGUACGUUCGAUCUCCGCCAGCCGCAUCCUAGCUUUACGUCAACAAACUCAAGUGCUUUGGGAGCGUUAUUUUAGUUCCAUUGAGAAAAUAGUUUUUACUACGUUUGAGAUUAUAAGAGAGAGACUGCCAGACUACCCCCAUCGGAAUGGACUGAUAUGGAACCAGUCGCCGGGCGCCCUGCUGACCGUUCCAACCUUCUCCGAUACGGCCCACCGGUUCCCGUUCCUGCUCGAGGGCGUAGGCCUCCGACCCGGGCCUAACUACACCGCCGUCAUCUUUGUCCAGAUAGGUGCGCAACAGCUGACGGCCGGUAGCGCCCUGUACAAGCUAGUCAAAUCAAUUACGAAAAGCCAAUUUGUAGAUAAGAUACUUAUAUUGUGGGCCUGCGAUCGGCCGGCGCCGUCACGGAAGCGGUGGCCUUCGACGGGGCACAUACCGCUGCACGUGAUAAGCGGUGGGCUCAACGAGGAGCGCCCGAGCAUAUCCCAAAGAUUCUUCCCCCAUGAGCACAUCGAAACGGACGCGGUCCUCUCGCUGGACGAGGAUGCCAUUCUCAACACGGACGAGCUCGACUUUGCCUACCAGGUGUGGCAGGACUUUCCGGAUCGCAUCGUGGGCUAUCCGGCGAGGGCGCACUUCUGGGACGACUCCAAGAACGCCUGGGGCUACACGUCCAAGUGGACCAACUACUACUCGAUCGUGCUGACGGGGGCUGCAUUCUUCCAUCGAUACUACAACUAUCUUUACACCAACUGGUUGUCCUAUUUGUUGCUGAAAACGGUGCAGCAGUCCUCCAACUGUGAGGAUAUCCUGAUGAAUCUGCUGGUGUCGCACGUCACCAGAAAACCACCAAUCAAAGUAACCCAGCGAAAGGGUUACAAGGAUCGUGAAAGUGGGAGAUCUCCAUGGAACGAUCCGGAUCAUUUUAUACAACGACAAAGUUGUCUCAACACGUUUGCGGCUGUGUUUGGCUACAUGCCGCUGCUACGUUCCAACCUCCGCCUGGAUCCGGUUCUCUACCGGGACUCGGUGUCGAACCUGAGGAAAAAGUACCGCCAAAUCGAACUGGUCGGCAGCUAGCGGUUCGUGUACGUCUACUAAGUCCCCCGGCGUACUUUAGGCGCAGGAACUGAACGAACUCUAGGCUUUAGUGCGUUAGAUAUGGGAAAGAUUGUGACGCGUGUACGCAGUGUCCUCGGGGACGGAGCGGUUCUGUAUACAACCGAUCCCGAAGUUAUGGUUGGGACACGUUAGUUAAGGCGAAAGUGCGUUUUUUUGUAAGCGGACUUUUAUUUUAUAUUCAUCGGUUAGUCAAUGAGGAAACCGUACGAUGACGAGGCAGUUUUUAUGCAACACAGAAUCAACAAACACUAUUGACGGAGAAGCAAUUUUUCGGAUUUGUAAACAAUCGAACUGAGCAUGUACAGUGAAAGCAUACAUAUAUAUGAAAGAAAAAAAAACUUACGCAGGAGACUAAAUCAAUUGAGCAAAGUAAUGAAAUUGGUUGUUAUCGAUAAGCAUAUGGCAAUUUGUACAUAGGUAUUGUUAGAAGAAAAAUGUGAACACAAACAUACACUGACGCAAAACAGUAAAUAGUGAAAACAAAAUAAGAACGAAGACAUACUGACAAGAAAGCGUUUUAACCUAGUGAGAUAAGUAGGACAAAUUAUAGCAGGAAAAUAGAACAAAUAAAAAAUAGUCUUGUAAAGCGCAGCUGCCAGUGAAGAAAAAGUUACUAAAUCGUUUAUGUUUUUAAAAGGAAAACGACAAAAGUAAGAUAAUUAUUGAGAGAGAUGUUUUUAAGGAACAUACAAGAUGAAGAUAGGAAAAGAACAAAUGAUCGCUGUUGUGAGUGAGCAGACCGAAAAAAAAAAGUUUUUCAAUACUUCAUUUUGCAAUAAUACUGACUGAUCUAGUGCUUGGAACGGCAGUUUAUGUUGUUAGCUGAUCUUAAAGUUGAUUCAAUUUUUGUUUGUGAAAUAAUUUUAAGCAGAUUUAAAAGGCUAUUUUGUACAUUACUAUUUAAGUCAUUUAUUUGCAGAACACAUCAAUCUUCGAGAUUACUUCAUUUUCAACUACAAAACAUAAUUUGACUCAAGUUUGACAGGACAAGUGAGGCAGCCUCCAUCAUCUCGUACUUUAUAUACAAACUACCAUCAUGUGGUGAAUUUAAAUAUAUUGUUACUAAUUAACCUCAUAAGAAGCCUUCAAGUUCAAGAUUUUGAAAUAUUUUUGCGAUUUGUUCUCGUGCUUGAAAUUUGAAAUGCUAUUUUUUUGCGUCCAUCUUUUGCAUCCAUAUCCGUAGAAUCUCUCGAAAUCGCGAACUGCUUCCAACAUAAACUGCCAGACUAAGCUAUUAAAACCGUAAAAAUGACUUUAGACGAACAAAACAAUUUCCAAAUGCAUUUCCGUACGCCAUUCUUAUAAUCUGAAAGAUGAAACUUAGCCGUAAUGAUUUUAUAAGUGUAAAUAGUGUAAUUACCUUGCAGCUAAAUGAUUGGUGCCGUUAUAUGAAAACCAAAAACCUUCGAUAAGUUUUAACUAGUUUUUGAGUUGAAUGACCGAGCUGAUUUGUACUUUUUAUUACCGAGAGCAACUAAAUGGAUGAAUAGUGUAAAGGAAACAAAAUGGUGCCGUUUGAUACGAUUAGAAAGUAGGUUAUUGACGAUUAUUAUUACAAAACCAGUAAUUGUGAGGAAGUCUAGUUAAAUCAAAUGAAAUUGAAUACAAUAAUGCAACAGCUGCA